CCAGAACAUAAUCCCAAAAUCCAACAUGGCCACUGACAAAGAACUUGAGCAAGCUGCUGCUGAGCUCAAGGCAAACAUGAGCAAUGCAAAGGUUGCAAUGGAAAUCUUUCAGAACAGAGCCAGGUUUGCGACAGUUUCCGGUGUCUUAAAACCCAUCUUCCAGGUGGCUGGUAUCAUUCUGAAACUAGUUUUAGGGAAACGUGAGAGUGAGGAGCUCACAUAUAUGAAGGAGCAGUUCCAGACAGUCAGGAACCAGCUGGAUGUCAUUUCAGAACAGAUUAAACAAGUGCUUUGGGAGAUAGAGAAAAGUACAAUUAACAAUCAGUACUUCCCCAUUGAGGAGAAUCUGAAAAACCAAUUCAGGAAGUACAUGGACAUCCUGAACGCAGCACCGGAAUUCGGGGAGAAUGAGAAACGAGAAUUCCUCACACACUUCGAUGUGACUAAAGGUGACCAGAACCUUCACACUCUCUAUGAUGCAGUGAUGGGGUAUUCUGCCAUCUUUGGCAAACCCAUUCUGGAAACUGCCAUGCAAUAUGACCAGAGGAACCGGCGUCUGAUGGAAGGGCUCUGCUGCCGCCUCAAAGAGCUCUUCUGCAUUGGCCUGAUUGCCCUGGUGGGUCACUCAGCUAUCACUGGGACCGAUGUAGAGGCAUUAAAGAGAGAGUGGAAUGAGAAAAUGGGCAAAGUAGAGAAUAAAAUGAAAUCCAUGAUAGAUAAGUGCAUCAAUGAGUUUGCUGAGCAGGCAGAAAUAGAUGUUGAGGCUCUUAUAAAGAACAAAGGUGAGAGAGAUAACAAGGGAUGUGCAACAUAUAUAAUUGAGGCCUUAACAGAGAAAUAUGACUGGGUUAAAUGGUCUGUACGGGUCUAUGACCCUGACAGUGGCUUCAACAAUCACUGUGUCAUUGGCCCCAAUCGGUUUCACUUUUUCAGACUCAAUGGGGUUAAUGCUGUUGUCUCCUAUGCAAUUGAUCCAAAGGUUUCACUUAAUGAGGUGGAAAUCAGGCACUUAAUGGAAGGGAAAGAUGGUUGGACCGAUGCAAGAGAGGUUGCUGAACAUGUGUACAAUAAUCUUCCCUCUGGGCACGUUGUACACACAGUGAGACGCUACAAGGACUUGUGGCUUCACAAGAACUUUCCCAACAACUGUCAUUUCUGGGAAACAUACAGUGGAGUCACUCUCUGUGUCCACUCCACCUAAACCCCAUGAUCUAAUGCAGAAGUGGCCAGGAAACAAUUGUCUUUUGAUUUUUUAAUGAGAUUUCUUAAUGUCUAUAAGUAGAAUCGUAAUUUGUCAAAUAGAUUGGCUUUCAGAUCUGUUUAUUGGUAACACGAGAUGAAUGGGGUGUUAAAUAAAGAGACAAAACUUACUAAAAUUACUUGCUAGAAUUACUAUAGCAACUCUCACUUCAGAUAGACAUGGUUCCAUUGCAUUGUAGUUUAUCUUUGACAAAACUGGAUCUGGAUUUGUUUACAUCGUCAAAAGUCCGAGGCUGCUAGGGUCAGGUGGUUAAAGCAGGCAGUGUAAAUGUAGAGAGGAAGGGUGAAGAGAGCUGGAUGUUGGGUUGAUCCAUAGGAAAAGGACAGUCUUGUUGAAACUAGCACCUGUUUCAUCCUCAGGGUGUUGCUGAAUUGUCUUUUGAAGCUUCAGAAUUAGUAUUAUAGGUCUUAGAGCAAACCAGAACUGAUCUGAAUAUUGAGAUUCAGGCUAAGUGCUGGCAUGGACCUGGAACGUGCAGAAUCCCUUGGAGUCUGGAUCUUCCACAUCGAAGAUCAGUACAUCAUCUCGGAACCUGAACUUUAGGAUCUGACAAGACUCUCCACUGUGAAUAUCUGCAGAGACUGGCGCUUGUCGAACGGAUUGGAUCUACUCCGGUUUAGAACUCUGUGACUCCACUAAAUCCCAACAGCCAUCACACCAUCACAGUAAUAGCUCACUGGGCUUAUUUCAGUGCAACAAGAUGGCUAUUUGACUGAUUUUGUAUACUGUAUGUUUGCAAAGUUUUUCCAGUUGUUACCCAAUCUUAUCCCAGUGUUAACCUGCAUUCAGGAAGAGUGGAGCGACCGACGGAAGAUAUAAAAUUAUUUAAAUUAUGCAAAGGAGAUGGUUUCAUGACAUAAUAAGAAACAAAAUGACCCAAUACAUUGUG